AUGCCAAUGUACGAUAACGUCGAAAGCCCGGCAUUCCAUCAUGUUCGCUCUCCAGUCAACCACGAAACCUGGGCAGCAGAACCAGAACAUGUCUGGAGACCGAGUUACCCUGAUCUUCCCACAUGGGGCUCGCAACAGUUUUCGUUACCUUACCACGGUGGUCCAGCCUGCGAGCAGAUGUCACUGCAACCGGUUCAGCAAUACGUCCCUCACUCUGGCCCUCCAGUAGCCCCGGCAUACAUUCCCUACCACGCACCAGCUCCCUUUGCUACUGCCAGGGUUGCUAACCCAGGGCCCUUGAAGAAGGAACUGGCUAGUGACGCUGGACACAGUGAGAAGGAAAGCGACUCAGAAUCCGAAGACUCUGAGAGUGAUGAUGAUGCCUCGUUGCACGGUUCGUCAUACUCGUCCUCCCGGCGGUCUGGAGCGAAUGCCAACGUCAUGAAGCUCGGAAAAUGGGGCGAGAAUCCUGCUUCGUAUCCCCUUCACCACACGCUUGACGUAAGGCACUGGCAAUGUCCUCUAGAUGACAAGGAUCAUACUGGAGUCCCAUGCCCUAAAAGAUUCCAACGACCGGAACAUCUUCGACGCCACGUCAGGACUGUCCAUGGCAAUGACAGGUGCCACUUCUGCAAAGUGUGUCCCAAAACCUUUUCUAGGGGCGACAACCUCCGCGAUCACUACUGGACGCACGUGAACCGUGGAGGCAGAGCAGGGAAGAACAACAAGAUGAGCAUUCCCGAGUUGAAGGCAAUCCUCGGUCCCAAGGAGCGGCCGCUCAUCAGACGUCUCAAGAUGAAACUGAACCUGCUGAAGGAAAGGAACAUGAGAGCGAAGCUUUGA